CACGGGAGCCCGCCACUCCGACCUGGGGUACAGCCUGGGGACAGGGUGCUCUUCCAUACACCGCCCCCCUGGAGGUGGGGGCUGGGCCCUGGGCUACUGGUGCUGCCGGGAGUCUGAGCAACGUAUGGCGGCACAGGCAGAGCAUGUGACCUCGGGUGGGGAAGGGGGCAGGGUGCUCUGUGCUUGGAGAUGGUCAUGUCUGCACCUGCCCCAGUCGCUUGGCAGAUUGGCAGGACCUGUGCGUGGGAGGCAGCCGGCAGCAGCGCCAUGUGCUGACGACCUCACAGCCAGACUCCCCCCUGUUUAGCGCCGAGUGCUAGAACCACCCCCAGAACCUCAGUUAAGCAAAGGGGCUAGUUGCCAUGGAGACAGAGCAUCCUUUCUCCAUGGCAACCUGAAAUUCCAAAGCCCAGGUUAGAUUCAGACGUGAGUCAUGUUACCAGUAGGGGGCACUCUGCCACUAGUCUGACCUCAAGGCCAGGGAAAGAUGAGCAACUGACCACAGACUUAAAGGUUCCUCAAGGGCUGUCUGGGGCCCGUAGGGACCUAGACGCGCCUCUUAACCCCUUCCCGCCCAAGUGUGUAGUUUGAGGGAGCCAGCGAGGCUUCGGGAAUCUCUGUGAGGAGGUGGCACCCCCACUGCUGGGGCCCUCAGAGUGGCAGUAGCACGGAGGGGGUCCCAGCCCCCUGAGGGUGGGCCCAGAACAGAGGAGGCGGCACGGCCCUGACAGAGUGGACACACAAGAGUUAACGGGCGGGGUGUGCCAGGGCGCACCGCCUUCAGGAAGUGUUACUCACCACCGGGAAUGUGAGUGCCUGUGCCUUGGGGGCUGGCUUCCCUUCCUGCGUCCCGGCGGGUGCAGCCGGCUGAGCGCCCAGCCAUGGAAGCCCCUGGGGAGCCGGGGGCAGACCCCCUCGGAGCCCCCAGCCCAGCCGGCCGAGCUCCUGCGCACCUGGAGGGAGAAAAGCCAGGCCCGGACCCGCUCUACGACGUCCCCGCCGCCAGUGGAGGACAGACGGGCGGACCGCCGAGGCCCGGACGCACAGUGAGCCUUCGGGAGCGCCUGCUGCUCACCCGGCCAGUGUGGCUGCAGCUGCGGGCCAACGCCGCGGCCGCCCUGCACGUGCUGAGGACCGAGCCCCCGGGGACGUUUCUCGUGCGGAAGUCCAACACGCGCCAGUGCCAAGCCCUGUGUGUACGGCUGCCUGAGGCCAGCGGCCCGUCCUUCGUUUCUAGCCACUACAUCCUGGAGCGCCCCGGGGGCGUCUCCUUGGAGGGCUCAGAGCUCGUGUUCCCAGACCUGGUCCAUCUCAUCUGCGCCUACUGCCAUGCCCGGGACAUCCUUCUCUUCCCGCUCCAGCUCCCCAGAGCCAUCCACCAGGCAGCCACCCACAAGGAGCUGGAGGCCAUUUCCCAUCUGGGCAUUGAGUUCUGGAGCUCCACCCUCAAUACCAAAGCUCAACAGGGCUUCGGGGACGGCCCGGUGCUACCCCGGCUGAAGCCCCGGUCCCCUCAAGAGCUGGACCAGGGCACUGGCGCUGCCCUGUGCUUCUUCAACCCCCUAUUCCCAGGGGACCUGGGCCCCACCAAGCGGGAGAAAUUCAAAAUGAGCUUCAAAGUGCGCGUGUCCACAGAGACCUCCAGCCCCCUGUCUCCACCAGCUGUACCACCUCCCCCAGUCCCGGUGCUGCCAGGGGCCGCCCCCAGCCAACCAGACAGGCUGCCCCCACGCCAGCUGCUUCGGAGGGAGAGUUCAGUGGGCUACCGUGUGCCGGGGGGCACCGGCCCCAGCCUCCCUCCGCUGCCCUCCCUCCAGGAGGUGGACUGCGGCUCCCCCAGCAGCUCGGAGGAGGAGGCACCGCCGGGGGCCCACGGGAGCCCAGCGACCUCCCCCAGCCUGGGUCGCCGGCGGCCCCUGCUCCGCUCCAUGAGUGCUGCCUUCUGCUCGCUGCUGGCGCCCGAGCGACAGGUGGGCCGGGUGGCCACGUCGCUGAUGCGGGACCGCCACACAGCAGUGGGCCAGCUGGUGCAAGACCUGCUGACGCAGGUGCGGGCUGGGCCGGAGCCCCGGGAGCUGCAGGGCGUCCGAGAGGCACUGAGCCGGGCCCGGGCCAUGCUGAGCGCCGAGCUGGGUCCUGAGAAGCUGCUGCCGCUCGAGAGGCUGGAGCACGUGCUGGAGAAGUCACUGCACCGCUCCGUGCUCAAGCCUCUUCGGCCCAUCUUGGCCGCCCGCCUGCGGCGCAGGCUCUCUGCCGACGGCUCCCUGGGCCGCCUGGCCGAGGGCCUCCGCCUGGCCCGGGCCCAGGGCCCCAGUGCCUUUGGGACCUGCCUGGGCCUACCCUCCCCCAUAGAGGUGGAGCAGGUACGCCAGAAGUUGUUGCAGCUGCUCCGCGCCUACUCACCCAGCGCCCAGGUCAAGCGGCUUCUGCAGGCCUGCAAGCUGCUCUACACGGCCCUGAGGACCCACACGGGGGAGGACACAGGUGCUGACGAGUUCCUGCCACUGCUGAGCCUGGUCCUGGCCCAAUGUGACCUUCCGGACCUGCUGCUUGAGGCCGAGUACAUGUCAGAGCUGCUGGAGCCCACCCUGCUCACUGGAGAGGGUGGCUACUACCUGACCAGCCUCUCGGCCAGCCUGGCCCUGCUGAGCAGCCUGGACCGGGCGCAUUCCCUCCCCCUCAGCCCCUCCCAGGAGCUGCAGCGCUCCCUCAGCCUCUGGGAGCAGCGCCGCCUGCCGGCCACCCACAGCUUCCAGCACCUCCUCCGAGUAGCCUAUCAGGACCCCAGUAGUGGCUGUACCUCCAAGACCCUGGCAGUACCGCCAGGGGCCUCCAUUGCCACCCUCAGCCAGCUCUGUGCCACCAAGUUCCGAGUGACCCAGCCCGACACUUUUGGCCUCUUCCUAUACAAGGAUCAGGGCUACCACCGCCUGCCUCCUGGAGCCCUGGCUCACGGGCUUCCCACAACCAUCUACCUUGUCUACCGCCAGGCAGAGCAGCCUGAGGCCCCACCUGGGGCUGCAACAGAGAAGGAGGGCAGGGGGCCGCUAGAGGCAGGGAGCAGGGAGGAGGAGGAAGGAGCCCAAGGAGAUGGAGAUACUGGGGUCAAAGCUAGCCCUGGGGACAGAGGGCAAGAGACCGAGGUAGCUGUUGAGGGAGGGGAGGGUCAGGCCAGGGGAAGCCCUGAUGGGUCAGAGGGGCCAGAGGCUGAGGGAAGCCAGAAGGCGGAGGAGUAGCUGGGAGUGACCAGAGAUGCACAUAGGGUGGGGGACUUUGAGCAGCUGGGAGGGCCUUUCAGAGCCUCAGUGCUCCCAGCCAGGGCUACAGCCUCCUCGGCCACCCCACACUGGCUCCUCCCAUGUCUGCCACCACCUAGUGUUACCUCUGUGAUCCUACCUGCUCAGGGACUGGAGUAAAGCUGAGGGUCCUGGGGGGGUCCCAGACCAAGUGCCCAAUGCCCCUUGCCUCUUCUUCUACCCUAGCUGGAGGCCACCUGUGCCCAACCUCUGGCCAUGGGGGAGGAGCUCUGACCCAGCUGUCAUUGCACUGCCCCUGAGGGCACAGCCCAGGACCAGGCUACUGGCCAAGCAGCCCAGCAGGCUGAAGGCUUCAAGGACUGAAAGGCUUCGACCCGUCCCAUGUGUCAGGAGGCUCAGGGAGGCCACAGUGUGGCAGCAAGGGCCCAGGCCCAGGCCUGCCCAGGCCACCUGGGGAUAGCCUUCUAAGCCUCAGUGUCCUCACCUGGGAAAGGGGGUGCGCUGGCUGCCCUGCCUGUUUCUGGGAGUCAGAGGGGUGCGAUUGCCACAAAGCUGAGCUCGGACUAGGGAGAAAGGUGAGGAGGAGGCAGGCGUUAGCAACCCCUUCCACUAGUCCUGUUCUCCCCAAAAUCCUUUCUCUGCACGCUGCCUCCGGCCCCAGGGCUGUCACUGGGUGACACUUGCCCAUCAGUCCACGGGAGGUCAUCAGUCUCUGGGAGGUCAUCCUUCUGGAGAUCAGCUUCCCAAUCUUUGCCCAAGCUGGGAAGUCUGACACCCCAGGGGGAAGUAACACCCGCCAACAGGGAGACAAGCUUCUGAAGUAGGGGAGAGGGCUUGGAAGCUGUUUUCUUUCCACUUAACUCAUUUGAUCCUCACGAAUGCUUUUUGGGGAGGCAGGGCCUGGCUUAUUGGCCCCACCGAGGUUCAGAAAAGAAAGAUGACUCCCAAGACGUCACCCAGCAAGCCAUUAGGGGUUCCUGUACCCAACCAGGGCCCUCGAGUUCAAGCCAUGAGCAAAUUAGCCUCAAGGCCACGCAGCCCCAAGGGUGGGGGGCAGAAAAGGUGGCAAAUCUGAGCAAAGAAUAAUAUCGACCACGAGGGGGCGCACAUAGCCCAGGAAGCUACUAAGAGAGUGACCCUAGGGGGAGGGCAGCCCAGGGGCAGCACAUGGUCCAAGGUGGCUGACCCUCAGACCCCACAGGGAGGAACUGUCCCCCUGGUGGGGGGAGGACCCCAGCCAAUCUCAGAGGUGAUUCCCUCAGGCACUGAGCACAAAGGGACAUCAACCCUCAUGUCAGAUGUGGACGCGCUGGUUUUCAGACAACCCUAAUGCAGUUUAGGUGUGGGGGCACCAGCGGCUUUUCCCUCCCCACCUUUACCCUUCCCCCUCCAUGCUUCUCGCUGGUAGGGAGUCUUCCCUUCACUCUUUUGUAUGUCCUCCUCCCCCCUCCCCCCAGCGCCCUCAGUGCUGAGCACUCCAUAGGCGCUCAAUAAAUGUUGUUCACUGAUUGGAGUUUGAUAACUAAGAGUGAGGGGCAGUGAGGUGGGAGCCUGUGGAGCGUAAGGGAGGACUGCGCUCCGGGAUCUAAACACAGGGUGAACCAGGUUCAGUACCAGAAGAAGGACCUGGAGUGUUUGCAGGGGGUGCUGGGAGAACCCGAGGGACAGGAUGUGGAGCCGGUCUCAUGGGAGGGAAGUGGCCAGGCAGCUGGGCCCCUGCCUCAAGCCUCUCCCACCCCAUCCCCUGCUGAGUCCUAAUCCCUGACUCUGGGAAUUCAGAUGUCCCCAGCAGUGGCUCAUGGGAGCACUGUCUGGCCCUGCCUGCUGCCUGGGUCUUCUGGUUUAUCUUCUCAAAAGGGCCUGAUUGGUCAGGGGUCCAGGGCCAGUAAAUGAGCACGACCAGGGUCGUGAUACAGGCGCUGGGGUUCCAGAUAGGGCAGGCAAUGAUAGGCCAGUCUAAGAGUGGUCUCAUUAUCCCCAUUCUACAGAUGAGGAAACUGAGGUUUGCUCACGGACAGUGGCUUAAGGGAAAAGGGCUUGAACACUAUGCCCUGUGGACUCCAGAUUCCACAAACCUCCAAGACAGGAGGAUUCAUUCACUUAUCCACUCAGCAAUCAUCCAGAGUGUGUCUGAGUGGACCAAGCACCAAGCAGCCACGGCCCCACCCAGGUGGAAAGAGGUCAAAUCUCUCCACUCCUGCAGUGAUCCGAGCAAUAACAGAGAGCUUACUUGUGGAGUCCCUGGGUGGUAACAACAGCUAAUGCAUUUGGCUGAUAACUGAAAUGUUGGUGGUUCAAGUCCACCCAGAGGUGCCGUGGAAGGAAGACUUGACAAUCUACUUUCCAAAAAUCAGCCAUUCCUAUGGAGAAGUUCUGCUCUGACACACUGGGGCCACCGUGAGUCAGAAUCGACUCCAUGACAGCUGGUAGGGGUAUGGUGUGCUCGGGACUCUGCCUCCCCUACCACCACCCCCACCUUUGUCCUUAUGGAAGAGGGAGCCCAAGCUCUGAAAGGUGAGCUGCCAUGUCCGGCAUGACGAACCCCGAGGAGCAGCACAAUCAUUUUCUCACUUGGACGCGGUGCACUCAUCACCUAAAGUCACCGGAGCCUGUGUUUGUUUCUUGUCAUCUCCCCCACUAGAGUGCCAGCGCCAAGUCGGCUUUGUUCCCAUCUAACUCUCGGGGCCUAGAACAAUGCCUGGCCAGGAAAUGGCACUAAGUAAAUCUAUGCGGACUGAUCGAUGGGGGAAGACUCAGCCAGAACGUUUCCUGCAGUUGCUGAGGACAGGCGGCGCAUCCUCCAUCGCUGCCACCAGGGGGCGGGCACGUCCCAUUCCCAGCCAUACGCUGGAUCCCCUUCUCCACCGAGGCCACCCAGGGAACCCAGGGGACUCAGUGGGCCUGUGCCCAGCCUGUUUCAGGGAAGGAAGCAGUCCUGCAGCGAGGUCCCGGGGACGUCCUGUGAAAACAAAAACCAAACCCGUUGCCGUCGAGUCCCUUGUGACAUAUAGCGACCCUACAGGACAGAAUAGAGCUGCGCCUUAGCGUUUCCAAGGAGUGCCUGGUGGAUUUGAACUGCCGACCUCCUGGUUAGCAGCUGUUGCUCUUAACCACUAUGCCACCAGGGUUCCCAUCCUAUGAAUGGGGUCCUGCAAAUGAGGGAGGAGCUGCCCACCCCAGGUCUGACCCCCAGGCAGGCCCAGAGGCAGGAGUUCCAGUCCUGCUCUGGGGGCCUAAGGGUGGCCUGAGGGAACCCUGGGGGAGGUGGGGAAGAAGGCAGUCACUGAGACCCACACUGAGGGGACUCAGGGGCAUCAGGACACUUGUGGACCCUCUUGUGGUCACAGAUAAAGAGUGACUGUGUGGUUGCUCACAUUCACCUACGCCCUCCACUGGCC